UCUAAUCCGUUCAUGUUUAUUUCAACAAAAAAGGAGAGAGAAAAGAAAAAGAAAUAAUAAAAAUGUCGAUUAUUAGUAUAAUUUCAUCAGGCUCAUUAUCUACUAUUAAACCAAAAAAUAUGAUAUGAUAUGAUACAUAAAACGGGAUCGAUCGUAAACUACUAUUUUUGCUGACUCAGCAAGAACAUAAUUCGGUUACUUCGACUUUACAUAACACAACAGCGUGCCCACAUUAAAUAUCGUAGGCGUUGAAAGACGAGAGAUAUGUAUUUUUGAAUAUAACUAUAUCACGAAGGAAAUACGAUUUUUAUUCGAAGAUUAUUUUUCUCGCAUAUAUUCGAGUUUACGAUUAUCUGAUUGUUCGCUUAAAAGCACGAAAUUGAUAUUUAGAGUUAGCGAUAAACUCUAACGUUCAUUUGGAUUAAAACGUGUCCUCAUAUAAUAUAAUGACUGACAAGCGUUUAAUUGUGCAUUCGUUGAAUACAACAGUUAUGCCUGUGUCGCAGCCAGUGCGUGCUAAGAGUUUGUUACGGGCAAACUUGGAAAAUUCUCGCGCUAGGUUAUUACAAACCAGGAUGCCGAAUAUCAAAGUAUUCAGUGGUACAUCUCAUCCUGAGCUUGCCCAACGAAUUGUUGACAGGCUUGGGAUUGACAUUGGAAAAGUUGUCACGAAGAAGUUCAGCAACCUCGAGACAUGCGUGGAAAUAGGAGAAUCAGUCAGAGGAGAAGAUGUGUACAUUGUUCAAAGUGGAAGCGGAGAAGUUAACGAUAACUUGAUGGAACUUUUGAUUAUGAUAAAUGCUUGUAAAAUAGCAUCUGCAUCCAGAGUUACAGCGGUAAUCCCGUGUUUCCCAUACGCAAGGCAGGAUAAAAAAGACAAGGGAGGCGAUGGUGGUGACAAGUCGAAUUCCAAUAAGAGUCUUAUUGUCAUGAAGUCAAACGAGUGGAAAUUCAGGGAUACUCUUCCCGACCUGUCUACAAGUCGUGCACCGAUCUCAGCCAAAUUAGUAGCAAAUAUGCUGUCAGUGGCAGGAGCUGAUCAUAUAAUAACCAUGGAUCUGCAUGCUAGUCAAAUACAAGGCUUCUUUGAUAUUCCGGUCGACAAUUUAUUCGCCGAACCAGCCGUUUUAAAAUGGAUUAAAGAAAAUAUCGUCGAAUGGAGGAAUAGCAUCAUAGUUUCUCCAGACGCUGGUGGUGCCAAAAGAGUAACUUCAAUAGCUGAUCGACUUAAUGUCGAAUUCGCGCUUAUUCAUAAAGAAAGGAAAAAGGCUAAUGAAGUAGCAAGUAUGGUACUAGUAGGUGACGUUAAGGAUAGGGUAGCAAUAUUAGUCGAUGAUAUGGCUGAUACAUGUGGCACAAUAUGCCAUGCUGCGGAAAAACUUUUAGAGGCUGGCGCAACACAAGUAUAUGCCAUUCUUACACAUGGAAUUUUCAGUGGACCAGCUAUUAGUAGAAUCAAUAAUGCAUGUUUUGAAGCGGUCGUAGUAACUAAUACUAUUCCUCAAGAUGAACACAUGAAAGAUUGUCCGAAAAUACAGUGUAUCGAUGUUUCAAUGAUGUUUGCCGAAGCUGUCAGAAGGACCCACAAUGGGGAAUCUGUAUCGUAUCUAUUCUCUAAUGUGCCAUACUAGGUUUAAAAUUAAUUCUAGUAUACUCUUCUAAUAAUGAAUGAAGAAAAAGAAUGUAGUCUUUUUACAUUUGUCCAUUAUUUUUAUUAUUUCCUAGUUUAGUAAAAAGAUAUUACCUUCAUUGGUUAAUGAGGGAAAAAUAUUUUUAAAAUCAUUAGAUCUUUUCUUUCUUUAUUUUUUUAAAUUUUAUUUUGUUGGUGAUGAUUUUUGAUAGAAAUUAAGAUAAUAUCUGCCAUUAUUUUAGAGUUUUCAGAAUGGUAUGUUUGUAGCUAUUAAAUUGAUAAAUAGAUUCUACGUGAAUUCAAAUUAUGUUAUUAUAUGUAUGCUAAGAAAUAAGAAAAUCUAUGGAAAUCAUUCUAAUUAUAAUGUCUGCUGAUUCGAAUAAUUUGUCACAUAAACAUAACUUCAUUGUAUGAAUUUUAAUUCAUAAAAUAACAUUUAUAAAUGCCUUCGAGUGAGAUCAACAUAAUGUUGAUAAAUAAU